UAGGAUUGGAAAAUGAAAGGGACCCUUCAAAAAGAACACCAAUGGGUAGUAAUUUACAUAACUACACCCUACGCCAACAGAAGCUCCCACUGUUCAUCAACCUAGAUUCUCCGAUCACCUACCUCACCAGAACCACCGCCUCCGUCAAUCUCCAAUCUGAACAUCCAGGAGCAACUCGAAAUUCAGUUUCCUUCAAUCAUGGCGAUGAAAUCACAAAUUGUUUUCGUUUUCAUUUGCUCUUUUUUUAUCCUUACUAACACCGAGGGUAUCCAACAGCUACGAUUUGAUCAAACGAAAGGCGAGUUCAAGAUUCUACAGGUGGCUGACAUGCACUACGCUGAUGGAAGUAAAACCCCAUGUGAAGAUGUUCUUCCAGAUCAAUUCCCCCAUUGCUCCGACUUAAACACCACUGAUUUCAUUCAGAGAAUGAUCGAUGCUGAAUCACCUGACCUCAUUGUUUUCACUGGAGACAACAUCUAUGGACCCGAUACAACAGAUGCAGAAGCUUCCAUGAAUGCAGCUUUUGCUCCUGCCAUUUCAUCAAACAUCCCAUGGACCGCUGUCUUAGGAAACCAUGAUCAAGAAUCCACAUUAUCCAGACAAGGUGUCAUGAAUCAUAUCGUUCAAAUGAAACACACUUUGUCUCUUCUUAACCCACCUGGUUUUGAUGUUAUAGAUGGUUUUGGGAAUUACAAUCUUCAAGUGUUUGGAAGUGAAGGAUCAGAUUUUGUGAAUAAUUCGAUCUUAAACUUAUACUUUCUUGAUAGUGGCGACUACUCUACAGUUCCAUCUAUCCCUGGAUAUGGAUGGAUCAAAACAUCUCAACAGUUUUGGUUUCAAGAAACUUCAAUGGAGCUUCAAAAAAACACAAAAGCUCCUGGACUUGCGUACUUUCACAUCCCAUUGCCCGAAUAUUCAGAGUUUGAUUCUUCAAACUUUACGGGUGUGAGACAAGAAGGGAUUAGUUCGGCUUCUGUGAACUCUGGAUUCUUUACAACAAUGGUGGAAUCAGGUGAUGUGAAGGCUGUUUUCACUGGACAUGAUCAUUUGAAUGAUUUUUGUGGAGAGUUGAAUGGAAUUAAUCUUUGUUAUGCUGGAGGGUUUGGAUACCAUGCUUAUGGGAAGGCGGGGUGGUCAAGAAGGUCAAGGGUGGUGGUUGUGUCGUUGGAGAAAGAGUCGAAUGAGAAUUGGGGGGAAGUUAAGUCAAUUAGAACAUGGAAAAGACUUGAUGAUGAAAAGUUAACCACCAUUGAUGAUCAGAUACUUUGGAGCAAGAAUUAAUCCAUCUUGGAAUCGUGAAAGUAAAGAAAAAGUGUUGUUUGAAUCAUCAAAUUUUACAAUGAGUGGCAAAAUGGGAAUUUCAAUCAAUGAAUAUACGGUUGUCAUAAUGUCAUGUGAAUGUAGUUAUCAUAAUCUUCAUCAAAUCUGAUGUUUUUGGUUAGUAUUGAUCUCUUCUCUUUCGUUUAUCUAAUAAUUUUGUUUUA